AUGUCUCUACGAUUAAUGAAGCCCUUUUUCACUCGUAGUUUACUCGCUACGAGUAUAAAUCUUAGACGUGGUUUAGCUACGGUUACCGAUCAAGACUUCGCAAAUACUACACCACCACCUGCACCAUAUGCUGUAUCGGUUUCGAACCAGCCUAUACCUGCGGCCUUGAAACUAAAGUCUGGUCACGUUUUUCAUGGACAGUCCUUUGGUGCGCAGACUCCAGUAUCUGGUGAGGCUGUCUUUACAACUUCGCUUGUGGGUUAUCCUGAAUCAAUGACAGAUCCCUCGUAUCGCGGACAAAUCCUAGUUUUCACGCAGCCACUUAUUGGAAAUUACGGUGUACCUGGACUAUUUAAAGACCAGUUCGGUCUACUCCGAUUCUUCGAAUCGGAUCGUAUUCAAUGUCAAGGUAUCGUCUGCACAGAUUAUUCCAUGCACUAUUCGCAUUGGAAUGCCGUUGAGUCACUUGCGUCAUGGUGUCAGCGACAUGGGGUGCCUGCAAUAACAGGUGUUGACACUCGUGAAAUAGUCCAUAUACUACGUGAUCGGGGAUCGACUCUAGCUAAAUUAGUCACCGGUGACGAUGCAACUAAUGAGGAUUUUGAUAAAUUUUCUUAUGAAGAUCCAAACAAGAGAAAUUUAGUUGCUGAAGUCAGUACGAAGACACCAGUUUCGUACAAUCCCUUCGGAGAUGUUAAGAUUGGUGUUAUCGAUUGUGGUGUCAAGUAUAAUAUCUUACGUUCACUAGUCAAACGGGGAGCCGCUGUUACUGUUUUACCAUACGAUUUUGAUUAUAAUAAAAUAUCCGAUGAAUUCGACGGUUUAUUCAUCUCUAACGGUCCCGGAAACCCUAAUUUAGUUACUGAUACCGUGCGUAAUUUACGCACGGCAUUGAAUAAUUUUGAAAGGCCCAUCUUUGGCAUUUGUAUGGGUAACUUAAUCUUAGGACUUUCAGCUGGCCUUAAGGUUUACAAAUUAAGGUUUGGUAAUCGUGGUCAUAACGUUCCAGCUGUUUCUACAUUCGAUGGAAAAUGUUCUAUCACUUCCCAAAAUCACGGGUAUGCACUUGACGAUCAAAUUAUGCCUGAAGGGUGGACCAAAUACUUCUUCAACGCCAACGAUGGAACAAAUGAGGGUAUUUGUCAUAAGACACUUCCCCGAUGGUCAGUUCAAUUCCAUCCUGAGGCUAAGGGGGGCCCUCAAGAUACCGAAUUCUUAUUCGAUGAAUACCUUCAUCGGGUUCGAGCUGACAAGCUUAAAAGGGUUGGAACCACUGUAUUCAUUCCAGAAACCGUUGUCACCCCCACCCCCGUCACUCAAUUUGCUUGA